UCUGAAGGUAAAAGUAACUGAGGAGGAAGAAGAAAACUUGCUGCUGGUUGCUCUUGGUUGUUUAUUCAUCAACUCUCUUCCUGGCAAGCAAGCAGCUGGCAUCAGUGAAAGGAAAAAGAAGAAAGCCCUGUUGAUAUAAGGAUAUAAUAUAAGGAAGAUCCUAGAGUAUAUAUCUCAUCCCAAUUCUUAUAGUACUCAUUAGGGGUCACUAUGUAUCAGAAAUCAAGUUACUCAUUAAAUACUCUGGUUCCUUGCAUUUCCAUUUAUUGCAUUGCACUUACUCUUUUAAAUAUUAUUAAGCCUUACAUUCCCACAAAUUAUACAGAAUCUACAUGGAAUAUGAAAAACCUUAUCUCUAUAUGGGUACGGCUAUGCAAAACAAACUGCUUAUGGGCAUCCAUUUAAAUUAUGAACAGGUUAAAUAUAGCCUCCAAUAAUAGAAGUAAUAUAGCUACAGCGUGAUGAAAGAGGGAUAUUUAUUAUUCAGUUCUUUCACAGAUGCAAAGUCUGUGUUAACAUGGAACAGGGCAAAGUGGGUCAGCGCUACUUACCUUUUACUAACAGCCCAAGGCAGGCAAGGUUGGUCCAAAACAUCUCAAUCUCUUGAUGCUUCUGAAGAAAAUGAUGGUUGGUCUAGUGCAGAAGAUCCACUUAAUUCAUCAGAUGCAGAAGAAGAGGGAAAGGGAGAAAAGAAAUUGGUUCCUGGUAAAUAUACUGUUGUAGCCACUUAUGAUAAAGGCAACUCAAAUGGCUUGAUCCUGAACAGUGGCGAGUUAGUUCAGCUAAUCCAUGAAGGAGCAGAUGGUCUUUGGUAUCUGCGGAACUUGAGCACAAACAAAGAAGGGUGGGUCCCUAUCAACAUUCUGAUACCAUUACUCAGUAACUCCAAAUCUGCUUUCUCUCUCAGCAGCUCGGAAUCUGCGGCGGGUUCAAGUGCACUGAGUUCAUCUUCAAGUUGUAGUGAAAAUUGCAACAUCAGCACCCCCUUCUCAGAUACUAAGGGUUAAAUUCCACAACUCUCUGAAGAUUUAAAACUGCCAAUGCGACCAUCACAUGUUAAAGAAGUACAGAAGCGUCAUAAUUGCACAUCUCUCAGUUGUUCCUCUUGUGUUUAAAGAUGGUUUAGUGGAUAUUCUUGAAGAACCUGAAUACAUUGCUAAUGGAUUAGUAGUGGAAGUAACUCUUCUGGAAGCUGCAGCAUAGAAGUUUAUCAUUCUUCAAGAAUGAAAUGGACCUUGUCAUGGAUAGCUUGGGAAGCAUAUUACCAGCAGCCAGUAGUUCCUAUUGUGUAAAUCUGACUAGUUAAAACAAUAACUAUUAAAUGAAUAUAGAAUGUAGAAAACAACUGAAAAACUUGAUCCUCAUAAAUAAAUGAAUAAAAGCCAUAUGGGAUCAAAAUAGAAUGUGCGGGAAAUUACAGAGUUGGGUAUUUGCUAAUUUGGUGUAGUAUUACUUUUCUAACGUCAUUUUCUGCGGCAUUUCCUUUAGCCAUGAUGAAAAUUAGUAAUCUGAAAUAUUUUUAACACUGAACCA